GGGGAAUACGGCUACAAGAUCCUCGAUAUUACUUUGGAAAACAUUGAUGAGGCCCAGUCAAAAGCUGUUGCAGUGGCUGAUCAGAAAUAUCCUGCAAAUACUUUUUCUUCAAAUGCCGCUACUUCCUCUGGAUUUACAUAUUGCAGGAAAAGUGUGUGUUUACCGCGAAAUUAUAGGAAGCAGUUGGAACACGGGCUCACUAGACGUGUUUCUCAAUACAUACUAGAGAAGGUAGGAACCGAAUACGAGAUUCUCGAUGUUACUCCUGAGAAACUACAUGAGUUAAAUGAGGCAGCAGAAAAAUCAGUCGCAAUGUCUGAUCAGAAAGAUUUAGAAGCGAAAGAGGCAUAG